CCUCCUCCUGUGUGAAACAGAAUUACAGUGCAGAUCCUGACAGGCAGCUGUUUCCGUGUAAAGCAGCAACUCCGCUCAGACCGCCAGCUCCUGCUGGGCCACAGUAACAGGUCACAGUGACACCCGGGGACAGAAAUUGCUUUUACAGCCCCAAGAGAUGAGAAGACUGUACAAAAAGAAGGAAUCUGCAGGAGCGGGGCUGUGCCCUCCGCUGGAGGAACCCUCAGCCGAGCCAGGUACUGUCCCCGGUGGGACUGCUUGCAAGCGGGCAGGUCGGAACAACGGCGCAAGAAGUUCUAUCUAUGGCGUUGAGAAGGUUUACCUUGGAGUCCGUGUCAGAAUGCCAGUAAGGGAUCUGCUGAAGAAAAUCCGAGUCCCCGAAGGCAUGGAGCCUGACGACUUUAAUGAAAGGGGCUCAAAAAAAGGUUCUGGAAACAUGAAACGUGCCAGAACUCGCGCAAGAACUAAACCUACCAGUGGACAACGUCCUUUUAAAAGCCUGGAGGAACUGGCAUCCAUCAUCGAGGUGCUGGAGGAGGAUCUUAGAAGUAGCUGUAUUUCCCACUCCUCAUACCAAAAUCCAUCUCCUUCUGACUUCGCAGCCUAUCCUAAACCGUCUCCAACCAAUGUUAGUUAUGGUGAUGAAUAUGAUGAAAUCAUUCCCAGCCCAGAAUCCUACAUGGUCUACUCGCCGAGCACCUCAGACUAUGACACAGCAUGGGCCCGUCCUGACUGCAUGUUCUUCAACCUCCAGCCCUCUAGUGUCACUGAUAUGCAAAUUUAUGGUGACAAAGAGGAAGAUUGGUUCAAGCCAAACAACUACUGGGAUCUGAACAGCUCUGCUUUCUUCUGGACACAGCUGCAGAAGGAGGAGAGUCAGCUGAGGGCAGCCUCUGAUGCUGAGCUCCUGACUACUGAUGAGCAUGGCAAGACACUUCUGCAUACAGUGGUGUGUAUAGGAAAGAGAGCGCAGGCAUUUGCCAUUGCCAAAAGAAUGGCUGUAGUUAACAGCCUGGACCUCAAAGACCAUGAUGGAAUGACUGCCCUUCUCUACGCCGCAAAGCAUAACCAGCACCUGCUGGUGGCAGAUUUGAUUCGACUGGGAGCAAACGUUAACGUGACAAACAACCUGGGAAAGUCCUGCCUCCACCUGAGUGCCGAGAAUGGCUAUAUCAGAGUAUUAGAGGUUUUAAAACAAGCAAUGAUGGAUGGUCUGUAUAUUGAUGUGGAAGCCACUGAUAACUCGGGAAUGAGUGUCCUCCAGUGUGCUUCUGUGGCUCUGAAGACCAGUAUGAGCGAGGUGGGCAGCAGCAUGUCUCUGAGUCACAGCAGACUUCAUACUCUGCGCCAGGAGCACAUGAUGGAAACACUGAAAUGUGUGCUGCAGAUGGACAGCUACCUGCAUACUGCCGCUAGCCGCUCUGUUACAGGGGAGCCGGAGUAUACAGAUCAGAGCUGGCUGAACAGUCAGCAGAUUUGCCCGGCAGGGCCUUUUGGAAACCCGACAGUAAUGUUCUGAGUUUGUUCAGGCUUGACUUUGGCUAGAGAGACUAUAAUUAGUUGGUU